AACGCUCCUUCCAAUAUGCAACUAUUAACUUUUGUCUUUGGAUUUGUUCUCAUUGCAUUGUCAACAUCUCAAUGGGAUAACAGUUAUUGGUGGUACAACCAACAGCCAACACAGGCUCCUUCAUUCAAUUGGUUCGGUAAUGGUGGUCAUCAGUCGGAUGGAAAGGGAAAUAUGUGGCAAGGAAGUGAUAACGCAAAGAUAAUGCUCUUCGCCAAAUCUUCAUGGCCAUGAUUGAAUACUCUUCUUGUAUCACGUUAUUCUACUGGUUCACACUUUUUCCCACAGUAAUAAAAGAUUACCUGUCA